AAAAAAAUAAAAAAAAUAACUCGAUAAAACGAAAAGAAAAUGGGGGCUUUGUGUUUGGGGUUUAUUAUUCGUGGAGAGAGGGGAAGAGGAGUAGAAGAGGGCGAAGAGUAGGGUUAGCGAAGAGGAAGGGGAAAGAGGAGAGGGGGACCUUGUAGGUGUAUUUUGGGAAGGGCCUUUUCUCUGUUUCUUUUUCUUUUUUUCCUUGUUGUUCUCCUUUCGUGAGGAGUAGGGGCUUUUUGACAAGGGAAUUAGGCCUCGUAGGCGAAGUAUUUUGAAGGUUUGUAGGGGAUGGAGCGGGAUUUUUUGGGAAUAAAUGGGAAGGAAUCGGCGCCGUCGGUGAAGGAUGAUGGAAGAGUCGCUCGGCAAGAUCCAGCCGUCUUUGGAGGUUCGGCCAUACAGUGGCCUUUCUCGAGCAAGGUCUCUCCUGUGCCUGCAUUCAUGCCUUUCAGAGCCGCCCAAGAACAACAACCGAAAAAGCAUGUAUUUGAUCAGUUCCCCUCAUCUGGGUUUCAGCCUAUAUCCACAGUCGAUGCCUUUGAGGCGGCCAAUCAGAAGUCCUCCCCUGUAUUGGUUCCUCAGAAAGCCUUCGGAAUGGAUAGACAUGGCAUGCAACAAUAUUUAUAUGCUUAUCAACAUCAAGGCAGUGACUCUCUUGGUGCUUCCGCUCACCAAAUGAAUCGUGCUAAAGCGUUUCCUGUUGUCUCUCAUCAUCCCAUCCCCGUCGGCAGCCCUUUCUUCAAGCUUCAGAGCUCGACAGAUUCACCUAAUAUCACUGUUACACCAUUAAAGCAGCAACCUUUUGGAGGAGGAACUACUGUGAACGCCCCUGUGGCGGGUUCUGUUGUUGGGACCUUAGCUCCAAGGAACAUGCCUAAGUCAUCUCUGGCGCAACUGACCAUCUUUUAUGCUGGUGUUGUCAAUGUGUUUGACAACGUCCCGCUGGAUAAGGCGCAAGAACUUAUGUUAUUUGCAAGCAAGGCAUCUAACACUACUGCAGUUUCUGCGAGUCCUAAAUCGGAUCCUGUGAUACCUGCUGCAGUGAAAUUAGUGGAUUCCGAGGGGUUAAAUACGAAACAGCCACCGACCCAGAAGCGAAGUCAUGUUGCACCACUUAACUCGAGCCUGUCGAGUCCAGUAUCUGUGGCAUCACAAGGUGGGUCUCUCUCUAAGAGUGCUUCUAGCUCCAAUGAUGAUUCUAUCAGGCCUAAGUCUGCAGGCCCAUUGCCUCCCAGCAAGCAGAAUGAAACUUCGACCACUCUCCCUCCUGCACUAGGUGCUACAACUGCUGCAACUAUCAUGACAAGAGCUGUUCCGCAGGCUCGAAAAGCAUCCCUUGCUCGAUUCUUGGAGAAACGCAAGGAAAGGAUGACCAAUGCAGUGCCUUAUGCUUGCGCCAAGAAACCCUCAGAGAAUGCUGAUGGAUUUGAGAAUAGCGUUAUGCCUAGCAAAUCUUCGUCGACUGAUAUCACUCUAUCAAGCAAUUGCGAGGAGUCAUGGAAUUUGGCCCAAGCCAAGAACAGCAGUCACAGUGCGGAUUCCCCAAGUACUAGGUUAGAGAUUUAAUUGUUGUCUAUAUACAUAUUCCAUUAGCCCCUCAUAUUAAAUGAAACCGAAGUUUGGCCAAUAUUUCGCCGACAUUCUCAACUGGGCUCUUUAAAUAUUGGAUUAGCUAUUUUGUCAUAGUAUGUAUGUAUCGUUGGGCAGAUCUUUUAUAUAAAUGAAUGUUAUGUAGCAUUCCAACCGCUAACAAGCGUACUGUUCUGUUCUGUAACACAACGAUUAUUUUUGUCCUCCAUUUUCAUAUUGUAUUGCAGUAAUAGUAUUUAAUUGUUCCGUUA